AUGGUGGAAGAUUGGGUGAUAAAAACUAUGUAUGCCACAAAGCGAAGAAGGAGGACUGUUAAAAGUGUGAAAACUCCUGUAAAGGACCACCCCCCUAAAAGUAACCCCAGCAAACGACACAGGGAAAGACUGAAUGGGGAACUUGACCAUCUUGCCAGUUUAUUGCCAUUUGAGCAAAGUGUUAUAUCAAAACUUGACAAACUCUCUAUUCUUCGUCUUGCUGUAAGCUAUCUCAGGACCAAGAGCUAUUUUCAAGCUGUGCUUCCAGACCGGUAUAACCUUGACACUCACCAUUUGAUAGGGAGGUCACAUCUCUUCCCCGACCCUGGCUUUUCUGAGGGAGACAGCAUCUUACAGGCCCUAUACGGCUUCCUGUUUGUAGUAACGUGCGAUGGCGAGGUCUUUUUUGCCUCUAGGACGGUGGAGCAAUACCUAGGAUUCCAUCAGUCAGACAUCAUUCACCAAAGUGUUAUGGAGCUGAUUCACUCCGAGGACAGGGAUGAAUUUAAGAGACAACUUACAUGGAACUCUGCUUUACCUUCAGAUAAAUCCACACUGCCUCUUCAUGAAGCUAUGAUGCCAGAAAACUACCACCACAUGCAUCGGUCAUUUACCGUCCGGUUUAGGUGUCUACUAGACAACACUUCGGGUUUCAUUACAUUGGAGAUAAACGGUUGGAUUCGUGUGCUGCAUGGGCAAAAUGUGCGGACAGACGAGACGCAGUUGGCUCUUUUCGCAACAUGCUGCCCAUUCGGUCCACUCUCUCUCCUGGACCUGCCCUCAAGAGAACUCACCUUCAAAUCAAAACACAAAAUGGAUUUCUCACCAAUGUCUAUGGACAACAGAGGGAAGAUGAUGUUUAGUUUUUCUGAUCGAGAACUGGCCACAAAGUCUGGCUACGACUUGAUCCACCCUGAUGAUCUUUCCUAUUUUGCUGCAGCUCAUCAAGAGUUAAUAAAGACUGGGAGUUCUGGUCUCAUUGCCUAUCGCUGGCUCACAAAAGACUUCCGCUGGUUGUGGCUUCAGUCAAGCUGCAAGGUCAUCUACAAAAACAGCAAGCCAGACUUCAUCAUCUGUACUCACCGUCAACUCACAGAUGACGAAGGACAGGAUCUGUUCCACAAACGAGGCAAUGAAUUCAAGCUACCUUACCCACUCCUGGAUUUGGACAUAUGCUCAGGAUUUGAUUUUCCUAGUGAUGACUUGAUAAAGAUAAAAAAUGGGAAGAAAAGUAAACAAAAGAACCAGGUGCGUGAAUAUGUUCAGACGCCCGGCAGGAAACGAAAAAUGUGUCGAGAAAAUGGACUCACAAGUUAUCCACAGUAUAAUGGCUAUGAAGGAGGUGAAUACAAGCCAGAGUUACUUUACUCCUAUCCUCCGAAUAACUUCGGCCUUGAGUCAGACCUGUAUAGGUCACAUGGGUACUCCGGGUUCCCCGGGGCCGUUUAUCCGAGCACGGACAGUUACCGCCUUGACGCGGAUAAACAUGGCUAUACAAAUGGUUUCUAUCUGGAACCACAUCAUCGGCAGUAUCAGCACACUCUAAGUUACCACGGCAACAGUUAUCCCGAUUUAAUGGGCACCUCAACAAAAUAUAGUUAUGAUAUGUCGAAAUAUGGAUUCGAAAGUUAUGCCAAAAAAGUGCAUUAUGGUGAGGAAUUAUCCCGUCUAGACAACGAUUUUAGGAAAUAUACAUAUGACUAUGGAAAUGAACGACUCCCUAAUCUGUUGAAUGGCUCUUUAGAACCUGUGGAUUUGCGAGCCUCCUCUAUGUACAACGGUACCUCACUUGUGAAUGGGGAAAGUAUGGUUGGACAUUCACCUUGCUUGACCUCUUCGCUGUUCAAACCUGACCUCCAUGGUCAGAACAUGUUAUCCAAGGAAACAAAGGUGAUAUGUUCUCCAUCGGAUGUCCUCCAGGGUAGUCAGGGACUUAACCCAUCAAUGCCCUUGCAUCACAGUUCUGUAAUAAAAAACGCAGCUAGUCCACGAACUCUUCAUCCUUCCCGUUGUAGUAGUUCUGAGCAAAUGGGAAGCCCACCUGUGAACAAUUACAGUAAUAUGCCUGUGACCAGGGUGUCUGGCACAUGGGCACAGUGUUCUAAAUCAAGUCCCAACUCCACCCCACGAUCGGACAAUAGUGGUAGUCCCAAACAGAAUGGUAUGGGUGGAGGAGGGGCUUCUAGCAGUCCAAUAUCAGGAGCAACCCCCGCGUCUGUGAUACAGACUCACAUAGCCAACAAGACUCCAAACAGAGCCUGUGAUAAACAGCCCCUAGUGGGAGGUAUUCCAGUCCCUGUUGUGAAAUCAGCAUGGCUACAUCAGUUUCCAGCAUCACACAAUUCGUAUGGAGACAGCAAGGACUGGGCCAUGAGCCACAAUGAUAUGUACUCUUGCCACCAAAAAUCCCAGCGUGGCAUCAUCACAGAGAACAUGUCACACGUGCCCAAAGUGACGAUUCAGUGA